AUGUCAAUGGAAUUCAUCCCUCAGUUGGGAAAAGAAAAAAUGUCCCCACACCCUGUAAGGUGCCUGGAUUCUAACUUGGGAGCUGGAGGCUCGCGGAAAAGCAGCCCCAGGAGGCGCAGGGUCCCGCCGAGGAGGAACAGGAGACUGGUUUCUCUUCAGCGUUUACCUCUCGGGACCUUUAAACCUCCACCUGGUCCCAUCCCAUCCUUCCCGCGUGCGGACCGUCCCAUAAGUCACCCCGCCACGGCCUCCGAAAACUCAAGAGAAACUUCUCCCUCGACUCCCUUACCAGCCGGCCGGCCCUGGCCUUCCUCGCACCGGGUAGACCCCAACUCCCGUUCCAGCUGGAGCUGCUCCCCGCCGCGCAACGUUCAACGCACGUUCUCCGCCAGCUGCUCCUCCCCCGCUGGCCUCUCUUCUAAGGAGGUCGCUUCCGGUUGGAGUCCGCAGGAAAAUAACUCCCCUUCCUGCUCCACGGCCGGGCCGAAAGGCAAUAGGCGUGGGGAGGAAGGAACGCUAGGGGACACUUCCGGCUUCGGGCUCCGCAGAGGCGGGGCAGCUCGCCGGGCUGUCGCAGUCGCAGUUUGCACUGCGGCUGACGAGCAGGGGCUGGGCCGCGGCUGCAGAUCCCGCCCUGCGCGAGUGGUUGGGCUUGGGGCGGCGACGUUUCUGGAAGCAGCUGGAAAGCGCUCAGGGGCGGAGGUGCCACAGCAAUACCAACAGCAAACUACCCCAGUUCUGAAUAUCUCAGAAGGGAGAUUAAUUGGUGAAGUAAACCAGGCACUGCAGAAAAGAAGAUGGAGGCAACCAGAUGCCUUAUUGGCAAUAUUUUAG